AUGGCGACUAAUUCGAGUACCGAUCCGUUGAUUUCAGUUCCCGCCGGAGCAGCUGCACGCCGGACUGAUGAUUCUACUUCUAGCGGUAAUAUCUCUCUCAAUCCCGCUAAAGUGUAUAACCUAAAUGAUGGAAUUAAUCCAUCUCUUAUGCUUGUCUAUGUUCAAUUAAAUGACUACAACUAUCUGAAUUGGAGUCGGUCUGUACGCACUGCGUUAGAGUCUAAAUUGAAGUAUGGAUUUGUUGAUGGUACUUUUGCUAUGCCACCUGUUGGUACAAUUGAAUACAUGAAAUGGAAACAAGUGAAUAGCACUGUAAAAUCUUGGUUAAGUGUUGCUGUGUCACCUGAUAUUAUGGAAGGAUUCUCGUAUGCCUCUACUGCAAAACAGCUUUGGACGAUUUAG